AAGUUUUACUCUUUUUUCCCUCCUUUUGUGGUGUUUGAUGUACAGGCAUGUUGUUCUUCCUCCUGAAGUGGCCAAACUUCUCCCCAAGAAUCGCCUCCUCUCUGAAAAUGAAUGGCGUGCUACUGGAGUACAGCAGAGUCGUGGUUGGGUUCAUUAUGCUAUUCAUCGUCCUGAACCACACAUCAUGCUCUUUAGGAGACCUCUAAACUAUCAGCAGCAACAGGAGAAUCAGUCCCAGGAAAGCAUGCUUGCCAAGUAAUUAUAUAAGUGUUUAGUGCCCCAAAAGAUGGGUGAAAACCAAAGUACUUUGUUAGUGUUUAUCUCUAUUAAACAGUUUGGGUGUUGUGGAUUGUUUUGUUAUUUAGUUCUCUACUUUGGAGAAUUCCAGGUCAGGCUUGCUUCUUGCUACUUGCUUUCUUUAUCUGGCCAUCUAAUGUUAUUGGUA